AUGAAUAGCCAAGGGGCUCUUUUCAGUGUACGAAGGGGAGUUUGGCUCUUCUCUCUCAUUCAUGCCAUCCAGGGCCACCCGUUGGUGCCCAUCGCCGCUCGGAGCGAAGCUGCGGAAGAAGCAGAUUUUGUCACCUUUCUGAGCAUUUCAGUUCUGCUCGUUUUGUUAGGUGGUGUAUUUGCUGGCCUGACCCUGGGUUUGAUGGGCCAAGACGAGGUUUACCUAAAGGUUAUCAGCACGUCCGGAUCUCAACAGGAACAAAAAGCGGCUCUCAGAGUUUUAAAACUGAUUUCCAAGGGCAAACAUUGGGUUUUGGUGACCUUGUUGUUGUCCAAUGUGAUUACCAAUGAAACGCUGCCUAUCGUGUUGGACAGAAUUCUUGGUGGAGGCUGGCAGGCAAUUGUUUUCAGUACUAUCCUGAUUGUUAUAUUUGGCGAGGUCAUUCCUCAGUCCGUCUGCGUUCGCUACGGUUUGGAAAUUGGAGCUUUUUUCUGUCCCUUUGUCGAGCUGCUCAUGUAUUUAAUGUACCCUGUGGCCUAUCCCGUCGCUUUACUACUUGACCGUAUUUUGGGUGAGGAUCACGGCACCAUGUACAAGAAGUCGGGCCUCAAGACUCUGGUAACACUACACCGCACGAUGGGUGUGGAAAGAUUGACCAAAGAUGAAGUCACAAUCAUAUCUGCCGUCUUGGACCUCAAAGAGAAGAAAGUCUGUGAAAUUAUGACACCUAUAGUCAACGUCUUUACCAUGAGUGCGGAUGCUGUUUUAAAUGAGAAGACUGUGGCUGAAAUUUUCAACUCUGGAUUUUCCCGCAUUCCUAUUCAUUUACCUGGCGAAACCAACAACUUUAUUGGAAUGUUGUUGGUCCGUGUACUCAUUUCCUAUGAUCCGGACGAUUGCUUGCCUGUUUCCCAUUUCCCCUUAGCCACAUUGCCUGAAACUUCCCCUAGAACGUCUUGUCUUAACAUUCUAAACUAUUUCCAGGAGGGCAAAUCGCAUAUGUGUGUGGUCUCCAAGGAACCGGGAAGCUCCGCAGGUGCAUUGGGUGUACUGACAUUAGAAGAUGUUAUCGAGGAAUUGAUUGGAGAAGAAAUUGUUGACGAGUCUGAUGUUUUUGUUGAUAUUCACCAGCGAAUUAUGCGUGAGCAACCAGGACCAUUAUCCAAGCGUCACAUUACUUCAUAUCUGCAUUCUCUGUACAAGAAUUCACAACGUAACUCCGUUGACAUUACAGAGGAAAGUUUGCCCCUUCUCAAAGGCUCACCUACCUCAAAGCCUCCUGCACAGUUAUCUGCUGUGGUCCCCUUCAACCUUGCCUCAAAUCCCUUGGAGGUCCAAAAUCCCUUCGUGAAAGUUAAGAGACAACCUGACAAUACUCCAGAGCCACUCACUAAUAACAGAGGAGCAUCUCCAGGUUAUGGCGGGACAACAUUGUCCCCCGAUGCCACAACUACCAGGCCUGUAGCCCACUCCCCAAGCGAGGAUAGAGACGGUGAUUUUGAUAAACAAGAGAGCUCACCAUUAUUACAGGAGCACCUGCAGGCUUCGAAAAAAGCAGUUCAGCAUACUCUUGAUACGGGUGAAAGAACCCAGGUGGUAACUUCGAAGCAACAAUCCCCCACUUCGCCCACUUCGGCUCAGAACAUUCCGGGUUCUUCGGAAAUUCAUGUAAAACCAAGCCAAUCGUUCUCCAGCUUCGAACAACGACUUAGCGAGACCCCCUCAGAUACCCAAAUGAUCUCGUCAUCCUAUCGCACUAGCAUUAAAGGCAUCGUAGAGAGCGUAGUGACUGUUAAGGGCGUACCUAAAACAAUUAUCGCUCCAGCGCAAAACUGGGACGAGUCGCAAGACGUGGUAUUCGAUGAGGCACACAACGUUCAUGAGCUACAUACCGGCAACAGCGAAGAUGAAGACUAUGAUGAAAUGCAUCAGCCGUCGCCCAAAAGGCCACCGAAGAGCCGCCGCGGAAGUAUCUUCAGUCUGUUCCGACCAUCGAGCGUUGGUGGUAGCAACUCUAGCCUUCGAGGACGCUCCACACAAAACUCUGCAUCAUCAGAGAGAGUCAACUCAGAUGCGUUGAACACUCAAGACGUUUAUUCUUUGAAAAAUACCUCAUCAAGAUAA